UCCGCGGACACAGAGACGUAUCUAACCGACCUUAAACACGCUCCUGUUUUGUGUUCCUGCUCCAGGUUGGACGAAGUGAAAGACCAAACGGAGACGCGAGAGGAUUAAAACAUUAUUUCCUGCUCUAUUUUUAUUAUUUAUUUUACAUUUUGCCCAAUCGCCCGGCUGCCAGCAUGAUGUCCUAUCUGAAGCAGCCGCCGUAUACGGUGAACGGACUCAGUUUAUCUGCCUCAGGAGUGGACCUGCUGCACCCUUCAGUGGGAUACCACGGACAACCUCGCAAGCAGAGGAGGGAGAGGACGACAUUUACGCGGGCCCAGCUCGACCUGCUGGAGAAUCUGUUCAACAAGACCCGGUACCCUGACAUCUUCAUGAGAGAGGAGAUGGCCUUAAAAAUCAACCUGCCCGAAUCCAGAGUGCAGGUAUGGUUCAAAAACCGACGGGCCAAACAUCGUCAACAGGCCCAGCAAACCCAGAGCGGAGCGCAGAACAAGGCAGUGACCAAGCCGGUGAAGAAGAAGAGCUCUCCGGUGAGGGAGGCCAGCUCAGAGAGCGGAGCCAGCGGGCAGUUCACGCCGCCGCCGAGCACCUCCCUCCCGGCUGUGAGCAGCAGCGCGGCCCCGGUGUCUAUCUGGAGCCCGGCCUCCAUCUCCCCGCUCUCCGACCCGCUGUCUACCUCAGCGUCCUCCUGCAUGCAGCGCUCUUACCCCAUGGCCUACAGCCAGGCGUCGGGCUACAACCAGGGCUACACGGGCUCCUCGUCCUACUUCACCGGGAUGGACUGCGGCUCCUACCUCUCGCCUAUGCACCACCAGCUCGCCGCCGCGGGCUCCACCAUGAGCCCCAUGUCCAGCAACGGGGUUUCCGGCCACCUGAGCAACGCGUCGUCCCUCUCCACGUCGGCGUACGGCGCGGCGGGGCUCGGCUUCAGCGGAGCCGCAGACUGCCUGGACUAUAAGGACCAAACGGCCUCCUCAUGGAAGCUCAAUUUCAACGCAGACUGUUUGGAUUACAAAGACCAGGCAGCGUGGAAGUUCCAAGUGUUGUGAGAGGACACAUUCCACAAGCUGGAGACUAUUCAGGCGAAUUAAAAACCCCGGGGUUGGGAGCAGCAAGUCGUUAUUCACCCCCAACACCACCACACACCCCCCACCCCCCAUCACAGGCCCCAACGUCUACCUCGGGCAGAGCAGAACAGGACUGCCAGCCGGUUGUCUCACUUGUUGGGUUAACUUAUUGAACAUUCAGACUGACUUCUCCCCAACUUUGAUCAAGGACACGGAACAAAUGUGUUGACCAAAAGGAAAAAAAGGAUCAAAAGAUGGUUGAGAUGGAGGAAUAAUAAGUCAGGGUUUUUUCUAAGCUCUUUAAAGACUCCCCUCUCUUGUCUUUUUUUUAUUUUGUUGGCACGCUGAAGGGCCCCUUUGAUCAAAGCGUUGUGCAUGAGUGUGUGUUGUAGAGAGUGUGUGAGAGAGAGAGCAGCUCUGACAUGAACCUGGAUGCACUAUUAAUUUAUGAGAAAUAUGUUUAAAACUAGUUAUAAGAGACAAUCAGUCCGUUUGCGUGUGCUCAUAAAUGUCCCAUAUGUGUUUCUUUUAAUUGUUUUUUUCCCCAUGUGUUAGAUUUCUUUAAAAAAAAAAUGGUGAUUCUUUGUACUACCUGUAUGCAAUUUUUUCUCGCGUUUCCCAGCUGUGAAUUUGGUAGAUUUAUCCCCAUGUCUCGAGUGUUAAAUGAUAAAUUAUUAUGAGGAGAUAUUAGUUAAAUGAAAGGGGAAGUGCAGCAAAUCAAACCAGCAGCGAGCAAGGUCCAUCUGAGCUGUACUGCUACGUGAAGGCCACAAACACGAAAAAAUAAUAAAGAUCACUUGAC